GUAGUUUUUAGGUGUUUUUGUGUAAAGUUGAGUCAGUUUGUUUAAUGUUUGCUGAACAUUAAUAAUAACAAUAAUAAUAAUAAUAACUGUCCUCCCACAGUCACGCGGACCAAGCCUGACUCACCUGCAGCAGGAUGUCGGCGGGACUCUUGGAUCCUCCUGCAGGAGAACAGCUGUGUGUGUUCCUGCUGAGAGAUGAAGGGGAGGAGGAGGAGGUGAGGAAGAGGGAGGUGGGCUGUCAGUGGGAGAGUCCAGAGGAGGAGAAGAAGGAGAAGAAGGAGGUGGGCUGUCAGAGCGAGUCAGCGGAGAGGAGGGACGCCGCGGUGCAGGUGGACCUGAGCUGGAGACACUCAGGCUCGUCUGCGAUGCUGCUGCAGUGUUUCGCUGUCAGACCAGACGGACGUGACGGAGGCGCUCUGCUGCAGCACUGCACGCCCCCCCGCACCAGAACCAGGACCAUCCAACACGCCUCCAAACACCAGAACACACAGAACCCCAGACCCCCACACACCAGGUCCAGGACCCAGAGGGGACGUCCUCCCAUCAGGAGGCGCUCAGGAGGAGGCUCCUCGUCCGGCAGACCCGCCUCCCGUAACCAACGGCAACGCAAAGCAUCACCGGACCAGCAGGAGGAGGAGGAGGUGGAGCAGGAGGAGCAGGAGGAGGAGGUGGUGGAGGAGGACACAGGUGAUCCCACUUGGACUCCACCUGAGGCAGAUGUUCCCCACCCGUCUCCGUCGGCGCCGGACGGCGUGGAGCUGGACUCAGAGUCCCAGAAUGCAUCUCUUCAUGUGGUGAAGCUGGAGCCGGACAGCACGAUGUGCGACGUGUGCGGAAAAGUGAUGAAGAAUAAGUCGAGUCUGGCCCGCCACUCGUUCAUCCACACGGGGAAGAAGCCGUACGCCUGCCACCUGUGCGAGCUGCGCUUCAAUCGCCGUGACAACCUGCAGCAUCACCUGACCCGGCUGCACCCGGGCGGCGUGCCGAGGCUGGAGAAGCAGCGGCAGGAGACCGCGUGGCUCUGCGCCGUCUGUGGAAAAACCUUCAGCUGCCGAUCCCGCCUGAAGACGCACGAGGUCAUCCACUCGGGGGUGAAACCGUUCCGCUGCCAGCUUUGCCCCAAAGCCUACAUGAGGACCAACGACCUCGAGCACCACACCAAGAGCGUGCACGUGGACGGCGGCGGCGAGCUGCAGCGGUCCGGCUCGCUGCUGUGCGACCUCUGCGGCAAAGAGUUCCGCUGCCGCUCGCAGCUCGCCGCCCACUUCCAGACGCACACAGGCGAGCGACCGCACCUCUGCGACAUCUGCGGCCGCAAGUUCGGCCGGCAGUACCAACUGAAACGCCACAAGAUCCUGGUUCACGCCAACCGUGCCGUCGGCGCCGAGGACCCGUCGGCCGACGCUGCGUUCUCCUGCGGCGUCUGCGGGAAGCGUAUGAAGACGGAAGCGCUGCUCGCCGCUCACUCGCGCAUCCACACGGGCGACAAACCGCACCGCUGCGGCUUGUGUCUGCGCAGCUUCCAGCGCGCCGCCUGCCUGAAGCAGCACCACGCACGCGUUCACCUGAAGGUCCGCGAGUCGGCUCACGCCGCCGCACGCCGGGCGAGCUCGGUGGCGGAGAAGACGUUCCCCUGUCCCGUCUGCAGUAAGACCUUCAGGUUCCGCUCUCUGCUGGCGAGCCACGCGUUGAUUCACAGCGAGGCGCGGCCGCACGCCUGCGACUUCUGCAGCCGCAGCUUCCGGCGCCUCAGCCACCUGAAGCGCCACCGCGAGGUCGUCCAUAGCAACGGAGCGCGGCCGCUGCAGAGCUUCGUCUGUCACAUCUGCGGUAAAGACAAGAAGUGCCGCUCGCAGCUCGCUCGCCACGUCAUCAUCCAUACGGGCGAGCGUCCGUUCCCCUGCGAGCUCUGCACCGCACGCUUCAAUCGCCACGGCAACCUGCAGCAGCACAGGAGGCGCAUGCACGGCGUGGCCCCGCCCCCCCUGGAGGAAGCCCCGCCCAUCUUGUUCGACGAGGACGACGUCAUGGCGCCCGCAUAUAAACAGGAAGAGACCGUGGUCGCCGUGGACGACGCGGCCGAGGCAAUCGAGGUCGCCACGGGCGACGAGGCGGACGCCACCUGACUGAACUGAGUGUGCUCAGUGUGUGACAUCACCGUCCUGAUGUGACGGGUCAGCUGACAGGACGCUCUGCUGCCGAUUGGCUCAUCAGUCUGUAGGUUGAUGAUGUCAUCAGCUGAUUAUUUUCCACCUGACAGACAAGACGCUUGGCGCCAUGGCAACAAAGCAUCAUGGGAGCUGUAGUUCCCAUGGUAACAGCAGUCAUGUGACCUGUGACAUCACAAGAGACUAAUUUAUUCUGAAGAUCAUGUGACAGCCGAUCAGAUCGAUCAAUAAAAUGU